AUGUCAGACGAACUCCAGGAUUAUCAAGUAAAUCUCGAGAACCUCGAAUCUAAAUUAGACACCGAUUUUGCAAAUGGUUUAACUACAAAUAAAGCCAAUGAAUUUUUAGCCAAAUAUGGCUCUAACAGCUUGGGUGAUGAGACCAAAAUCUCCAUCACCGCUAUUUUCUUGCACCAGAUCUUCAACGCCAUGAUCUUGGUGCUUAUCAUCUCCAUGGUGAUCUGUCUUGCAAUUAAAGACUGGAUCUCCGGUGGUGUGAUUGCUGCUGUGGUAGGCAUCAACAUCGUGGUGGGGUUCGUCCAAGAAUAUAAGGCGGAAAUGACCAUGGGGUCCUUGAAGUCAUUGUCCUCACCAACUGCUAGAGUUCUCCGUAACGGAGACGAUGUGGUUAUCCCAUCAGUGGAAGUUGUUCCUGGGGACAUUGUUACUAUUAAAGUAGGUGACACGGUCCCUGCUGAUAUCCGGUUGAUCUCGGCCAUGAACUUGGAAGCAGACGAAGCCUUGUUAACAGGUGAGUCUCUUCCAAUUGUAAAGGACCCAAACGAGACAUUCACCUCGGAAGUUCCUGUGGGUGACAGAAUUAACAUGUGCUACAGUUCUUCCAUGAUCACUAAGGGAAGAGGUGUGGGUGUAGUGGUUGCAACCGGGUUGAACACUCAGAUUGGUGAGAUUGCAAGGUCGCUACACAAGAAGGAGAAGCCUACCGUCAAGUCGAUCAUUGGUAGCAUUUUGGGAGUCACCAACGGGACCCCAUUGCAGAGAAAGUUGUCUUGGUUGGCGAUCUUUUUGUUCUGGGUGGCUGUAUUGUUUGCUAUUAUCGUUAUGGCGUCUCAAAAGAUGAAGGUUAACAAGGAAGUUGCCAUUUACGCUAUCUGUGUUGCCUUAUCUAUGAUUCCCUCUGCUUUGAUUGUGGUUCUCACCAUUACUAUGGCUGUUGGAGCCCAGGUCAUGGUUACUAGGAAUGUUAUUGUCCGUAAGUUGGACUCAUUGGAGUCCCUUGGAGGAGUGGACGACAUUUGCUCAGACAAAACCGGUACCUUGACCAUGGGUAAAAUGGUUGCCAAAAAGUGUUGGAUACCUUCUGUGGGGACUUAUAUGGUUGAUAACUCCACUGAAGAUACGGCCGACAAUUCUCCCUAUAACCCCAAUAAUGGAACCAUCAAGUUCUCAGAGUUGACCCCAACGGAGAUCAAGCAGUCGGACGAAGAAGAAAUGUCUUUGUACAGACCGCUUGAAGCUAAUGAAGGGAAGAAUAAUCAAUUUACCCAGUGGUUGACUUGUGCUACGUUCUGCAACAUCGCUAAGAUUGCCAACGUUGAAGGCGAAUGGAAAGCCCAUGGUGAUGCCACGGAGAUUGCCAUUAAGGUGUUCACGGAACGGUUAAAGUUCACGCCCGAGUUGUUCCCCAACAUGAAGCUCAUUCAGGAGUUCCCAUUCGAUUCCAGUGUGAAGAAGAUGUCUGUGAUUUACAAGGAUUCCAACGAAAGCGGUGACACCUACGAGGUGUUCUCCAAAGGAGCGGUCGAGAGAAUGAUAGAAGCCUGUAAGUACACCAAUGACGGUGUCACGUUAUUGAGAGCCGAAGACCGGUCGGAGAUCGAAGACCAUGUGCUUUCGUUAUCGUCUCAAGGGCUCCGGGUGUUGGCGUUUGCCAAAAAGACCUUCAGAGGCGUCGACUCUCCUAAGGUGUCCCACACUGAAAAGUCAAAGGAAAAGGACGUUGAAGUCGAUGCAACUGAAGUGUGGUCAGACAGCAGUUCUGCUGAAACUUUUGACCGUGAGUAUGUUGAAUCGGACUUGACUUUUUUGGGUUUAAUCGGCAUCUAUGAUCCUCCUCGCCAGGAGUCGCUUAGUGCCGUAAAGCUUUGUCACAAGGCGGGCAUCAAUGUCCGUAUGCUUACAGGAGAUCAUCCUUCCACGGCCAAGGCUAUUGCUCAAGAGGUGGGUAUUUUACCCUACAACUUGUACCAUUAUUCUGACGACGUUGUGAAGGUCAUGUGCAUGACCGCCAGCGAGUUUGAUGCUUUGUCUGACGACGAAGUCGAUCAAUUGCCUGUGUUACCGUUGGUUAUCGCUCGGUGCGCGCCUCAUACAAAGACUAGAAUGAUCGACGCCUUGCAUCGUCGUAAGAAGUUUGUGGCCAUGACCGGUGACGGUGUAAACGACUCUCCAUCAUUGAAGCGUUCUGAUGUGGGUAUUUCUAUGGGUAUCAAUGGCUCAGACGUGGCGAAGGAAGCCAGUGACAUUGUUUUGAGUGACGAUAACUUUGCAUCCAUUUUAAACGCCAUUGAAGAGGGCAGGAGAAUGUCGGCCAACAUUAAAAAGUUUGUCUUGCAAUUGCUUGCGGAAAACAUUGCUCAGGCGUUGUAUUUGAUGAUUGGGUUGGCCUUUCAAGACGAUACAGGCUACUCUGUGUUUCCACUUUCACCUGUUGAGGUGCUUUGGAUUUUAGUGGUGACUUCUUGCUUUCCGGCCAUGGGGUUGGGUCAAGAAGCUGCCAGUGACGAUAUCUUAGAAAGUCCUCCAAGCAACAGCAUUUUCACCAAGGAGUUGAUCAUCGAUAUGCUUGUCUACGGCUUCAUGAUGGCUGUGGUGUGUUUGGUUGGGUUUGUGAUUAUCGUUUUUGGAAAGGGUGACGGGGAAUUAGGUUUCAACUGCAACAGUCCUAAUGAUAACUUCAACUGUAAGUUGAUCUUUCUGGGUAGAUCUGCGACAUUUGCCAAUAUGACUUGGUGUUGCUUGAUCUUGGCUUGGGAAUGUGUGCAUCCUACAAGAUCCCUCUUCCAAAGUCCCCACGAGGAUAAUACUUGGUAUGGUCACUUGUGGGGCAACCAGUUUUUAUUUUGGUCGGUAAUUGGUGGCUUCAUUAGUGUGUUCCCCGUGGUUUACAUUCCCGUGAUUAACAAGAAGGUGUUUUUACAUGGGCCCAUUGGUUAUGAAUGGGGGAUUUCGUUUGGUUUCAGUAUAUUGUAUUUGUGUGGCUGCGAAACUUGGAAAUGGAGUAAGAGGGUUUACUAUAGAAAAUGGCAUAAAUCUGCUAAGAAUCCCGAAUACGAAUUAGAAAGAAAAGAUCCCUUCACUAAAUAUGCUUCCUUUUCAAGAUCAAACACCAUGCAAGUUUAA